CUAAAUGGAUGCUUAUGAAACCUUGUUUGAUCUACAGGAGCAAUCUCAUCUCAGUUUUGCAACACCAACUCAGCUUGUUGAAGAGGGUUGUCCUCUUCCAGCUAGCGCUGGAGUUGGAAAUCUUCAGAGGAGCUGUUACAUUGAUGCUGAACUUGAGGAUUCUUCGUGUGAUGAAGAACACGUUCCUAGAGAUCAAAAAUUAAUUAAUUUUGAUGAAAACGAGAUCUCCUAUUUCGAUCAAGUUCUUUCCAAUGGAGAUGAACUCAGCAAAUUCAUGGAUCAUCAUCUUCCGAAGGAAGGUGGUGAUGAAUAUGAUGGCAUACAUCUUCUCAGAGAAGAUGAUUUCAUCCAGCGACAACCUCGCUCUCUCUUUGAAGAAGAGGAAGAGGAUGAGAGAAGAAGUAGUAAAGAAGUAUUCAUAGUAGUAAAUAAGUUACCCGGAUCAAAAUACUCUCUCAAAGAAGUGAUUGGUCACUGAGACCAGUGCCAAACUCGAAAAGAAAUCGCUCAGAAUUUGGAUAAAUUCCAAUGUUGUGGAAAGAAAAGAGCUCUGAAAGAGAAAACAAAGUUAUAUGAAGAUGAUCUCUCAAGCAGCAAGGAGGGAAGCCGGACUAGCUCCCAUGUCGGCCUCCUUAGCAUCGAAGAAAGAUCCAUUAAGGUAAACCGAUACCUUGAAAAAUAAAAGAAGAAGGAAGUGGAGCAAGAAGAUCAACUAUCAGAGCCGUAAGAAAGUUGCAGAGACCCGCUUCAGGAUUAAAGGGAGGUUUGUAUCAGCUGAUCAAGUGGACGAGUUCAAGAAGAAGCACCAAGAAGAACUCCAGGAAAAACUCAGAAAAGAGCGGAUGUUCGUCACCCAGAAAGUUGACAAGUCCAGCGGCACUAUUCUGAAGACAGUUUACCCCAACAUCGAAGCCCUUAAUAAUGAUAUGGAGCACUGGAAUACUUCAGACAAUGACUCUCAUAAAAGUUGUUAUAACCUGAAGCACAACAAUGAAGUUAUUACCUAUAUCGGGGAGGUCCCGAUAGAGCUCUAGCUUUAUUGCUGAGCUUUCUAAUUAUAUCAUACUAAAAUGAGAAUUUUUGGAAAUAUACAAUUAUUUCAUAGGGCUAGGACUCAGCAGAGGCUAGCCUCUGCUUGCCUACCUCUUGCCUAAUUUUCCUAAAAUUAUUU